AUGCCUUUCAACGCUCAAGUUCUAUCUUCUCUCCGUGAAUCUGUGGAUGCAGCAUGCUCCGAUCAGAAAGCCGGUAUCCCGGGAGCUACGGUCGUCAUCGUCGGCAAAGAUGGCAAGGAGCUGUUUGCUCACUCGGCCGGCAAGCGAGGUGUUGUUUCCAAGGACCCAAUGACCCUUGACAAUAUCUACUGGAUUGCUUCAUGCACCAAGAUGCUUACAGGGGUUGCUUGCAUGCAGCUCGUGGAACAGGGCAUCCUGAAACUAGACGACGGCGAACAUCUCGAGAAUCUUUGUCCGGAGCUGAAGGAUUUAAAGGUGCUGUUACCCAAUGGGAUAUUAGAGCCAAAGAAAAAGCGCAUUACGUUGCGAAUGCUAUUGAGUCACACUGCAGGGUUUGGUUACACGUUCUUCAAUGAGCGCCUUCGGGACUGGGCUUUGCCAGUGGGCGGAGAUGAGUUUUCUGGAAGACUAGAGGACGUCGUGACGCUACCAUUGCUUUUCCAACCUGGAGAGGGAUGGGAAUAUGGAGUGAGCAUUGACUGGGCAGGAAUUGCACUCGAACGGGCGUCCGGAUUAACCCUCAACGGGUACCUGCAAAAGAAUGUUUUCCAACCCCUGGGAAUUAAAGACAUGUCGAUGAUUCCGAAUAAAGAUAUGAGGAGCCGACUUGCGUACAUGCACAGCAGAGAUCCUGAUGGUACAUUGCGUCCGAGGGACCAUCUGCUCCGGCAGCCUCUGGUCGUGGAUCCAGACGACGAAUCGGAAACGGCAAGAGUUUUCAACAGUGGCGGAGCAGGGAUGUUUGCAAAGCCACAGGAUUAUUGCAAGGUGUUGGCGGUGAUACUCAACGACGGAACAUGCCCGCGCACUGGAGCCAAGAUCCUCAACAAGACAACCGUGGAAGAAAUGUUCCGCAACCAGAUCGCCGCCUUUCCAAAUGCCAGCCGUCAACCCAUCCCCGCGGCGAAGCCAGACCUGACCAACCCCAUUGGCGAACUGUACCCGGUUCCCGGAAACCCGCCGCAGGGCUGGGGCCUCACCUUUAUGCUGAGCAACGGCGGAGCAACCGGCCGAUCUACCGGCACGGGGCACUGGGCAGGAUUGCCGAAUCUGUGGUGGUGGUGUGACCGCGAAAAUGGAGUCGCAGGGAUCGUCUGCACCCAGAUCCUGCCGUUCGCAGAUGGCAAGGUCGUAGGGCUGUGGGCUGAUGUUGAGGCUCAAGUGUAUAAGGCGAUUGCGUAG